AUGCGGCAAGAUACCCUUCACCAUCAGAUUAUGUUAACCACCGAAUGUGAUCCCAUCAAAUAUCUGCUAGAAAAGCCGGCGUUGGUCGGCAAAUUGGCCAAGUGGCAGAUUCUUAUUUCUGAGUUCGAUGUGCAGACCAUGACACAGAAGUCGGUGAAAGGUCGAGCUAUAGCAGACAUGUUAGCAGAGAGCGCUGCAGGAUCACAGAGCGAAGAUGGGAUAGAUCCUCUCGAUGAUCGUGUUUUACCGAUCACUACAGAAAAGUGGAUCAUGUACUUCGACGGAGCCGUUAACUUAUCCGGAUCCGGCACAGGGGCGCUUCUUAUCUCCUCAGAUGGCCAACACUAUCCAGUAGCCGCCAAGUUAUUAUUUCCGUGCACCAAUAACAUCGCUGAAUACGAGGCCUGCAUUCUUGGGCUACAGGCUGCCAUAGAGAUGAAAAUUCGGAGACUGAAAGUUUAUGGCGACUCCGCCCUCAUUAUCCUUCAGACGGAAGGCAAGUGGAAAACUCGUGACCCGAAGUUGAUCCCAUAUCAUGAGUUUCUGGAAGAUAUAAUCGAAGAGUUCGAUGAGAUAGCGUUCGAGUAUCUUCCUAGAGCCCAGAACCGGUUCGCAGACGCGUUGGCCACCCUAUCCUCAAUGUUCCAAGUGACUGCAGGUUCGGACAUCGAGCCAUUGAGAAUCGAAAUCUUGAAGCAUUCUGCUUAUUCCAUGCUAAUAGAAGAAGAGGCGGAUGGAGAGCCCCGGUAUCAAGAUAUUAAGGUUUACCCGCAGACCGGAGAGUUUCCUGAAGGUAGUGAAGCGGCUGACAGGAAAUAUCCGAUGAAACUGUCUUCAAAGUUUUUCCUCGGUGGCGAUACGUUAUACAAGAGGUCAUACGACUCCGUUCUCCCGAGAAUGGGACAGUUCAUAAAAUCCCAAGAUGCUCUAUCAGCACGGAUUCUCAGAAGAGUGAACACAAAGGGUCAACUGGUCUUUGUAGCCCAGGAGGACUAUGUGGAUACGGAUCACCCCGAUGUGAAGUUUAAGAAGUUGAGUAGUACUCUGUCUAUUGAAGUUGGACUGAUGCCUGCCCCAAUUCUGUAUCGUUUCAUAGCACUGUACAUGGUUGGUGAGGACGAUGUACUUUUGGGUCCUCUCCCAUUCGUUGAGGACAAUGAUGGUCCUCAUGAUGGGUAA